UCCCACCAUCACAACACCAUCUCCUAACCAAACCCACAAAAAUGGCAGCUUCCACCAUGGCUCUAUCAUCUUCUUUCGUCGGACAAGCAGUGAAAGCAGCACCGUCUGGUUCUGAGAUCAUCGGAAAUGGAAGGGUGUCCAUGAGGAAAACAGCAGUUAAGAAGACUGCACCAUCAGGAAGCCCAUGGUACGGUCCCGACCGUGUUAAAUACCUCGGCCCAUUCUCCGGUGAGGCCCCAUCUUACCUCACCGGAGAAUUCCCUGGCGACUACGGUUGGGACACCGCCGGACUCUCCGCUGAUCCCGAGACGUUCGCCAAGAACCGUGAGCUUGAGGUCAUCCACUGCAGAUGGGCCAUGCUCGGAGCUCUUGGGUGCGUCUUCCCCGAGCUCUUGGCUCGUAACGGAGUCAAGUUCGGCGAGGCAGUAUGGUUCAAGGCUGGAGCCCAGAUCUUCAGCGAAGGUGGUCUUGACUAUUUGGGAAACCCUAGUUUGGUUCAUGCACAGAGCAUCUUAGCCAUCUGGGCUACUCAGGUGAUCUUGAUGGGUGCGGUGGAGGGUUACAGAAUUGCGGGUGGACCACUUGGUGAGGUGGUUGACCCACUGUACCCUGGUGGCAGUUUUGACCCGUUGGGUCUUGCUGAUGACCCAGAGGCGUUUGCUGAGUUGAAGGUGAAGGAGAUCAAGAAUGGAAGGCUGGCGAUGUUCUCGAUGUUUGGGUUCUUCGUGCAGGCGAUUGUGACCGGAAAGGGACCAUUGGAGAACCUGGCUGACCACCUUGCGGACCCUGUUGCAAACAAUGCAUGGUCCUAUGCUACAAACUUUGUACCUGGAAAGUGAAUUCAGAACCAAAAGGAUCAACUUGUUUGUGAAUUAAUUACUGAUUAUUAAUAUAUGGUUUUAGUUUUCUGGCA